AUGAACUCCGACGUCUACAAUGAGCAAUAUCCAUCUGUUCCAAAUGUUUCGCCGCCAGAAUUUCAGUUUCAAAAAAGUAAUAAUCAACAAUCCCCAUCUCAACCCAAACCACGCCGCUCCUGUAAACGUCAAUCCUCUUCCGUUUCUACCGAUUCCUCCAAUGACUACCGUUCGAUGCGUGACAAGAACAACAUCGCCUCCCAGCGAUCCCGUCAAAAGCGUCAAGCGAAAAUCCGUGAGACACGAGAGGAGAAACGACGUCUCGAGACUCAAAAAGUGGAACUCGAAGCUCAAAUUGUGGCGUUGGAGACGCAGGUUGAAGACUACAAGCGGAUGGUGAUGAUGUUUGCGAAAAAUAAAAAAUGA